UAAAGAGGAAGAGAGAGGGGGGGUUGUCACACGGAGCUCAAAGACCAACAGCAGCAGAGCGACCCGCAGCCAGUCCACUCAUGGUGCCUUCAAGUUGCCCAGACACUCAGCGAACACGCAGCUCUAAUCUCUACGCGUCUCCGCCUUAACUCUUAAAGACUCGCAACAUCUGGAAGAGGACCGAGAAAAGCGACGCUUUCUUCUUUAUCAUCAUAUUUUUCUUGCGCAAGCGAGAGAAAGUGCUGCGUCUCUGAAAAUUAACUAGAAGUUGAAGGAGGAGCAGAGAGAAGGAGUUGGCGGCGAAAUAAAUCUCGCUUUGGGAACUUCAUCACGAACUAGCAGCAGGGAGGCGAAUGGACCUCCACCGCCCCUUCAAGAUGGACAGCCCCUCCUACCUGCCAGCUCCACUGGCCUCCCCUGCCCUGAUGGUCCUAGCCUCUACUGCCGAGGCCGGUCGAGAUGCCUCCGUCCCUUGCCAGGCGCCCCGGCCCUUUGGUGUCCCUGCCUCCAUGGAGAAGGACCUCCACCUCCCCUUCCCCUCAGCCUCCUACACCUUCACCUCCAUGUAUCAACGCCAGGGCCCCAUGUCAGGCACUUUUCCAUCACGAGAUUUCCCAGCUUCCUUGCUCCACCUGCACCCUCAGUUCACCCCACCAAACCUGGACUGCUCCACCUUGAGCAUGCUUAACCACAGCGGAGUGGGUGCCUUCCGACCUUUCUCCUCUCCACAAGAUGAGAGGGAGUCUGGGGGUUACCAGUCAGCUUUCACUCCUGCUAAGAGGCUGAAAAGCUGCUUUCCAGAGGUGGAAGGGAAGGAGUUUGACUUUGGCUCUCUGAAAGCUGGCGAGGAGACAGGGAGGAAGCUGUUCUCCAUGUCUGGCCUGCUGUCUGAUGGAGAGGCUUCAUUGAGUCCAGAGGAGCGCAAAGAGCACAGCAAAGUGAAGGGUCUCUAUGACACUCAAUCCCCAGUGUGUCCAGUCUGCCAGGCCAUCAUGCGACCCGGAGAGCUCCAGGAACACAUGGAGCAGGAGUUAGCUAAACUCGCUCAACUGCAGAUCAGUUCCACUCAGGUGCAUCAAGACCACCUCAUACGGACGCCAAAGUCGCUAUCACUUUCUCUGCAUAUCAAGCGGGAGGGAGGCUCUCCCACCACACCCCCCCGACUGUCUGAGGAAGCCCACUCAGACCGAUACCAGACUUUUCUCCGAGUCCGGGCUAACAGACACACAAGACUAAAUGUCGAUGACCUCUGCUGGUGCAGGUGCUACGUCAAAUCCAACCCAUUGCGCCCACACAGCGCAGGAGCCCACCUAGACUGCACACAAGCUGUCAGGAUUGGAAAGUUGAAGAGGAGGAAACCAGAGGAAGGGCAGGAGGGUUCAGCAGACUUGGUGCCAUUGGAAGGCGAGUGGAAUGAGAGGAGAAGGAUACAGCUGCCAUCUAUAGGGUUUAAAGCAGGUGCGAUGUUGGUGAGUACCACUUCUAACGAGUGUCGGGACAGCGAUGCAGACUUGGACGUGGAUGGAGAUGAUAGUCUGGAGUACGGCAGAGCACAAUACACUGAGACGGACGUCAUCCCCUGUUCAGGGGAAAGUUCCAAGGAAACAACAGUGAACAGGAUGUUGCAUGAUUCCAGAGUGAGCAUUGACUUUUCCAAAUGGUCAAAUGAUGGGAGUCCAUCUACAAGCACUGGAGAGAAACAGGACGGCAGCAUAGCCGGUCUCCCUAAAACCUGCAAAAACACAGAGAUAGAGACGCUCUCGGAGGACUCGACUCUGACAACACUGGAUGCACUUAAAGCUCGGAUACGAGAUUUGGAGAAACAGCUGUCUAAAGGAGACAGAUUUAAAUGCCUCAUCUGCAUGGACACGUACACAACACCGCUCACCUCCAUCCAGUGCUGGCAUGUUCACUGUGAGGAGUGUUGGCUGCGAACGCUGGGAGCAAAGAAGUUGUGUCCUCAGUGCAACACCAUCACCUCACCUGGAGACCUGAGACGGGUUUAUCUGUAACUCAGCUGAUCACGUUGGGAGUGGAGGGAUUUCUUCUGUUUCAGCCAGUCAGGGGUGGACCUGUGUGCAGCUGGUCUGUCACACACUCCCACCUUCCUCACCCUUCUCCUCAGACGUUCUCGGUUCAUCCAGUUUGACAGCGUUUCCCUUAACAUCCUCUAACCUCUGACAAGUCUUAGAACAGCAAGCACAACCUUUAACGUGUACGAGAUCUGUGUUUCUGUUGCAGCGUCAACUAAGAGCUCAGGCACUGAAAAACUAGAAGAACAAAAAUGCUUUGGGAAAAUAUUUAUCUUUUUUUUUUAACCUUUUUGUCUGUUUUAUGGAGGAAAAAGUUAUUGAAUUCAAAUGAACCGCAAAGCACAUGUACAUAGUUUUGUGUAUGUAUGUAUGGAGUGAUGUGUGUGUAUAUGAUGUUGACUAACAAAAACGUGGGUGUAUUUACUGUACAGUUUGUCUUUGCUUAGAUAAUUUUUUUUAUUUGUUUAGCUGCUUUAGGUUGGAAAAAUUAACAGUAAUCUCACUUCUGUAAGGAUCAUUUUGUCUUUGAUGCGCUUCUUUGUA